AUGUUCCAUGUUUUUUUUAGGUCUGUCUUUGGGAUUCUGCCUCUGUUCAUAGUUCUGUUGCCAGUAAAUUCAUCUACUUGUGUGAUGGAAAAUACAGCUGUAAUACGUGAAAAGUAUGAGAAUAUCCUAAGCCACGAUAUUGAAUUGCUGGAAAAUAUGUCUGAAGAGUAUCGUGACAGGUGCUGCAGGAAUAAAAGACAUGAAAACCCCAGUGCGUUUUUCUGCAAUGAUACUCAGGAAAUAUGGUCAUUACAGAAUAUGGCAUGUGACAUGCUUAAGUUCUUUUAUAAAAAAAAGAUCAACAAAGAUUUCAGAUGGCAAACUGCUCGGGUUUCGUGUAUGACAUUAGAAAUUCUACAUUGCAGAUGUGAUAGAGAGCAAAAAAAUAGAAAGGUUUGCAUAUUGCUUACACAACCCAGCAAAGACAUACUAGGGGCACAAGGCCCCAAGAAAAAAUGUUGCCAAGAAUUAUGUGAACUAAAGGAAACUAUAUCUAGUCUUCGAUCCUGCUGGAAUAAGUUUGAAAAAGAAAUUGCUAGGUAAAAAACUUAAAAUGCAGUCCUGUCUGUUUUUUCAACGUACCAUUGCUUUGCACUUUACAUGCAUUCUUCAAGUAUCUCUGGCUGCUUACAUAAAUACUUUUUGCCAAAGUUCUGAUGAGAAGAUCCAAUACCUUGUUCCUGGGGACAAAGCCAUUGGAAACCAACAAAUUGAACUGCUAAAGUUCAAGAACUGGAAGCUAACAACACAAUUGGAAGCAAAGACAAACAGAACA